CACUGGUUCGAUGCCACUGUUGGCGGACGUUUCGUCCCCGAUGAAAUCAUCAGCCGAGUAGUCAGCAAUUCGGUGAUGUCAUGGAUAUCAAUUAUAUGUAUGUGAGGAAACGAUGUCUAAACACACACAGCCAAAGCGUAUCCUGCUAAACGACCCGGAUGUAGUUGGCCAACGCUUAUUACAUAUUGAAACCUUACUACGGGACUUGCAGGUGAAGUAUUCCAACCAAGAAGCAGUAAUAACGUCUUUACAACAUGAAUUGGCCGAUGAAAAGUUAAAACACGAACAGAGUCUUCAAAGCCAUGGAUCAACAUAUAUUCGAUGGGGAAGAAAUGACUGUUCCAUUCAAAAUACAGAACUCAUAUAUAAAGGUUAUGCUGCAGGAGAAAAGUAUUCAUACAGUGGAAGUUAUAAAGGUGGAGCUUCAAAUAUGCUGUGCCUCCCAGAUGACCCAGAGCUCAGUAAUAAAACAGCCUCAACUAAUAGCCAAAUCUUCGGAACUGAAUUUGGAGAAAACUACCUCGUAACUGGUGCUUUAAAUGAAGACGUAUCAUGUGCCUUAUGUAGAAGCACCAACACGUCAUCAACAGUGAUGUUUCCAGGACGAAAAACUUGUUAUGCUGGUUGGAAAGAAGAAUACAAUGGAGUUUUAGCGUCCAGUGCCUACAGUCACAAUCCUUCACCUUACAUUUGCGUUGAUACUCAUCCUGUUUAUGUAAAUGGAGGUCAAAGAAGUAACGACGAACAUUACUUGUACAUCUCAAAUUUAAAAUGUGGAUCGAUACAAUGUCCUCCUUACACAGACAAUGUUCAGGUGAACUGUGUGGUAUGCUCUAAAUAA